AUGUACGACGCUGUUGUUCUUGGCUCUGGCGUACUCGGAUUAUCAAUCGCUCGAGAGCUACAUCAAAGGGGUGUCAAAGUGGCAAUCGUAGCUAAAGAUCUUGCUGAGGAUUCAAACAGUGUUGGAUUCGCUAGUCCAUGGGCAGGCUGUAAUUGGUUCUCAUUUGCAACUGGACCUGAUGACCCAGCUGCAGAAUGGGAUAGAAUCACUUAUUUAGGACUUGACAAAUUGGCCAAAGAACGUCCCGAGCUAUGUGAGAAAGUUCAGGUUUAUAACGUAUGGGAGAGACCGAAGCCAUCAGGAAGUGAACCUUGGUUCAAGGAUUUGGUCGCAGACUUUCAACAAGUCGCUGGAACAUCAUCAAACCCUUUACCAGGUAAUAAACCCUUUGGUACCAAAUUCAAAUCGUAUAUCAUCCAUGCACCCGAAUAUACCGCAUAUUUAGGUAAACAAGUCAGAGCACUUGGUAUACCAGUCAUACGAGCUCGCGUAUCAUCGCUCGAUGAGGUAUACAACAUCCCUCAAAUCGGCAAAGUCGACUUGGUCAUAAACGCAUCUGGAUUGGGAGCGAAAACUUUGAUAGGUGUUGAAGAUGCAAAAGUGUAUCCCGCCAGAGGUCAGACAGUGUUGGUCAAAGCCCCAAAUGUGAAAGAAUGUAUAAUGCACACGGAAGGGUUCAAUGCGGCUCCAUUGGGACCUGGAGAGAAACCGCUCCCAGAACCGGCGUAUAUGAUCCCUCGGCCUGGAUCCUCCGGACACGUUGUUCUCGGUGGACAUUACUUAGUGUCAAAUUAUUCCACAUUACCGGACUUGAAAGAAGCAGAACGAAUCCUGAAGGAUUGUUAUAAUCUCUGUCCCGCACUUGCUGGACCGAAUGGAAAAAGCUGGAGAGAUAUAGAAGUCGUGGCUCACAACGUCGGACUAAGACCUGCCAGAGAAGGAGGUGCAAGAAUCGAAUUGGAACAAAGACAAAUCGGUCAAGGUGGCUCAAAUCAGGUCGCCCCUAAAUCAACGGAUUAUGGUAGGAAAGUAGCAGUCGUUCAUGCGUAUGGAGUCGGAUCAGCAGGCUUCCAAGGGUCUUUGGGAAUAGCAGAGAAAGCUUCUGAUUUGGCUGAGAAAUACUUGAAAAAAGCAAACUCUUCUCGAGCCAAACUAUAA